AUGGCUGUGCCCGCCAGGGCCAGCGGCGACGGCGCCGACGAUGCCGCCUCCGCUGCGUCGUCGUCAUCAUCCUCGGCCUCGACAUCGUCAGGAGACGAAGGGGAAGAGCCCUCGCUGCUGGAGCGGACCGACCUCUCGCUCGCCUCGCACCCGCUGCCCGCGCUCGACGGCAUGACGUCGACGCUGAGCCAGUUUGCCAACCUGCACAAGCUCGACCUCUCGUCGCUCCAGCCGUCCGACGAAAACCCGGACGGCCUGACGACGCUGUCGUGGCUCGGCAAGGCCGUCAUCCGGAGCCAGCGCGCCGUGUCCAAGGGCGAGGCCGCGGCCGCCUUUGGCGAUCGCCUCACCUGGCUCAACCUCUCCGGCAACGCCGGGCUCGACGACGACGGCGCCGAGGGGCUCGAGUGCUUCAAGACGCUCUUUGUGCUCAACCUGUCGCACUGCGCGCUCGCCGCGCUGCCGCUCAGCAUCACGCCGCUCAAGACGCUCAAGGCGCUCGUGCUCAACAACAACUUGAUCUCGACGCUGCCCACGUCGUUCCCGCACCUCCCCGAGCUCAACACCCUCAUCCUGUCGCACAACAAGCUCGCCUCGCUGCCGGCCACGCUGCCCGCCGCGGUGCCGGCGCUGAAGAAGCUGUCGAUCUCGCACAACGACCUCGAAUCGGCCGCGUCGCUGCCAGACCUGUCGCCCUGCCUCGCCCUGCGCGAGGUGAGGAUGACGGGCAACAAGCGGCUCGGCAGCCUGCCGGCGCACAUCCAGCGCUGGGGCAAGGGCGCAGACGGCAAGACCGCGCCCGGGCUCGAGGUGCUCGAUUGCGGAGACUGCGGGCUGCAGACGUGGGACGACAUCUCGCCGCUCGUCGAAGUGGACCGGGCAGACGGCGGCGCCGAGGAGCCCAAGCGGCGACGGGGCCUGGCCAACCUCUCGCUGCGAGGCAACGGCGUCACCCAGCUGGACGGGUACAAGGACAGGCUGACCGGCGCCCACCCGACGCUCAAGAUCCUCGACAACGAGCGCAUCGUCGCCAAGGUCCAUCCCGUCUCGCGCGAGCAGAAGCGGCAGGAGGCGCGGCAAGAGGCCCGAAUGCUGCGCAAGGCAGGCGUCCAGAGCAAGGAUUCGGGCUACGCAAACGUCCGCGCCAAGCGAGAUGGAGCCCCCGCACCGACGUCGGCGAGCCGGCCGUCGGCCGAGGGCAAGGGCGACCAAGGGGCGGACGACGACGGCGACGACGACGACGACGACGAAGAGGCCGCUCGGAUGGCUGAGGAGAUGAGGCGAGCACGGCGGCAGAUGGAUGGCGGACCUUCGACCACGGCCGCGGCCUCAGCUUCCAACGGCCCCGACGCCUCGCGCCACCCGAAACGGGACAAAGAUGGCACACGGGAGAAGCGUGGCGCCAAGGACCGAGGGCACAACGACGCGGCACAAGAGGCCCCGGUCGAGGGCAAGAAGAAGCACAAGCGAGGCGGCGCCCGCGUCCGCAAGGGCGCCAAGGGCGGGAGCCAGGGCGAGGGCGAGGGCGAGGGCGAGGGGCAGGGCGCGGCGACCCCGGACCGACCGGCAAAGAAGGAGGGCCGUUCGGCGCUCAAUUCGUCCUUCUUCGAGGUCGACGACACGCCCGCUGCAUCGACGUCCACGUCCAAGGCGCAGAGCAAGGCCAAGCAGCCGCAGAUCCGAGAGGGCGUCGAGGAAGACGCGACGGCCGUGCCCGCGUCGAGCGGCAACGUCGAACCGGGCACGAAGCGGGCACGGAGGAGCGGCAAGAAGCGGCGCGAGCUCGACAUGGACGUCGACGACGACGACGACGACGACGGCGCCGAUGUCUCUUCAUCGUCCAGGUCUCUGGCGGCAUCCCGGAAGAAGGCGACUGCGGCGGCGGAUGCGCAGACGAAGAAGAAGAAGGACAAGAAGAAGCAAGACGAGAAGAGGAGCAAGAGGCCACGCGAGAAGAUGGCGUGGGAUGCAGGAUCGGCGCCCUCGACAUCCGCCGCGAAGCCGACAACCCCGACGCAGGCGACAGCGUCGUCGGCGACCGACGACGCGGACGAGGCCAGGGCAUCGGGCGCCGGCGCUGCGGCGCAACAGCGCAGCAGCGUCGCCAAGAUCAUCGACCUGACAAAGAAGCGCAAGCACUCGACGUCUGCCUCGGGCAACGGCGACGUCGACGGCGAAGACGGCAGGCAGGACAAGUCGAAGCGGAAAAAGACAAAGAGCCUGCCGUUCGCCCUGGCCGCAAAGGCCACGGCGGGCGCGCACGACGUCGUCGUUGGCUCAGGCACCACCGACGCCUGGGCCAACGCGGGCGGCGCCAGCGCCUGGGACUGA